GUUUGGGAUUUGAAUUUUUAAUAUUUUAAGCAUAUUUAACAUUAUGAUUAAAAAUAUUGUAAAUCAAUAUAUUUUUGAGCAAUUAAUGCAUUUUAAGGAUGGUAAUCGCUGUUGUCAAAAAUUUAGUGGAACUUUUCGUUCUGCAGAAAGAACGGCUUUCAUUGAGUACGCAUAUAAACUUGGAUACAACAGUCGUCCAUUUGUGAAUAAUGGAAUAGAAUUUAUAAAAGUAUUUAAGAAGAAUUGCUUACAUUUCGUGAAGCAUAUACCAGAGUUGCGACUUUCAUCACAUUCUGAAAAGGAGCUUUUUAUAUUGCAACGUGAAAGUGAUUUUAUUGGUAGUCAACUUGAGAUGCAAAUGUCGCCAGAGUUCUUCAGCCCCAAUUGCAUAAGGCCUUCUAUUCCUCCCCACAGAUUCUCUUUAGGAUUAAAACAAUCAAUGGCUCGUAAAAAUGUUCGUGGGCAACUAAGUUUUCAAGACAAUUGUCCAUUGCAAUCAUAUAAAAUUGGUUUGCUUGAGGCAAUUUAUCGCAGUAGAGUAUUGAUAGUAAACGGUGACUACAUCUUUGAGAAAUCAACGGGCUUGCCCAUGUACAUAAUUGAAAAUUGUGCUGAAAGACGAACUCAUUGCAAAAUAAUUUGUGUUGAGAGAGAACAGAUAUUGGCUAUUCAUAAUAGUGAAAAGCUUUCUGAGUAUUUAGGUGAGAAAGUGGGCAAUACUGUAGCCUUUCAAAUACAUCUCCAAAGCCGAAUAAGCGAAGGCUCAAAUCUUAUUUAUACAACUUCAAGUUUUUUACUACGUGUACUUAUGGGACAAAGUAUUGUGGAUAGUUUUCGACACAUUUCUCACAUAAUUGUUAAUGAUGUAUAUCGCCAUGAAGCAUUUACAGAUUUGUUAUUAAGUGAAUUGCGUUCUGCUCUUCGUUGCCAUGCACAUCUCAAGGUAAUACUCCUUUCAAAUUCGCAGUAUAAUUUAAAAUUUUUGGAGUAUUUUGGAGAAGGUGAAAUAUUACAAUUGGAAUGUAAUAUACCGGAUUCGCAUAAAUCUAACGUUUUUCACAUAGAGCAUAUACAGAAAAUUUUGGAAAAAGAUCGCCACCCAAAUAUACGCAGCCAGGUAACCUGUACUAACAACACCAAUAUGCUGCGGUUGAUUAACGGUAACAAUUUAAAUGUGGACCGUGUUCUUGAAAGCUAUGAACAAACUGGUGCAGAUCAAGCUCUAGAAACAUUUUUGUAUAUGGUUCGAAGCGAAAAUAUUUCUAUAGAUUACAGACAUUCUAUAACGGGUAAAACGGCGAUAAUUAUAGCUGCAAAACUUGGAAAUGUGGCGCACAUCAAACUUUUACUGGACAGAUUUGCUGAUCCCUAUAUCAUGGAUAUGCAAAAUCUGAAUGCUUUAUCCAAUGCGAUGGCUGGAGGAAAUAUCAUAUGUAUAGAGCUGCUAACCAAUACUUCGAAUAUGAAAUGUGCGAAUCCCGAAGAUCUAGAUUACAGCUUAGUUAUGGAUCUUAUACGUGUUUUAAUGACAAGUUCAAAGUGGGAACCUGGUAACAUAGUUGUUAUAGUAGCCGAUUACGAACAACUAUUGCGUAUAAACUAUUGGAUGCUACGAUGUAAAAUGAUUGGAGAUGUACCACAAGAAGUUGCAAUAUAUAUGCUUCAUAAAAAUAUUGAGAAAGAUCAGUUAGAUACGGUUAUAGAAGGAACAAACGACUGUAUUAAUAUUAUAAUUGCGACAGACAUUAUUGAAAGUAUCAUUCCAAAGUUUUUAAUUAACUAUAUUAUUGAUUUGGCUCGAACGCGAAGAAUGUUAUAUAAUUCCGAUACAGGAUAUAAGGAACUUGCUUAUGAUUGGAUAGCGGCAGAGGCUCUUGAAAAUCGUUCACGUCUAACUAGUCGCAUAGGCGCAGAUGUAAAAUGUUUUCGUUUUAUUCCUGCUUUUAUGGUGGACAUACUCCCGAAAAAUUAUGCAGCAGAAUUAUUGAACAUGCCGCUGGAUCGUGUUUGUUUAACCGUAAAGUUAUUAUCACCACAUACUAUGGUUUCUGAAUAUUUGCAAACGACCAUUUCUAGAGCACCUUUUAUUCAUAUCCAUAACACUGUUGAGUUUCUGAAGAAAAUAUACGUAUUUGAUGAACUGGAAGAAGUCACGUGGUUGGGAUGUCGCUUAAUUGAUGUACCCAUUGAUUGCCAAUUGGGAAAACUACUUGUUUUCGCUAUACUUUUACAAUGUUUAGAUCCCGUACUCACAAUUGUAAGUUUUUUGUCAACCAUUGAUCCACUCCAAUUACCUACUGAGAUAGGUAAUAAGCAAGGAGUUGAACACUUAUGUUCUAAAAUUAAAGACGAACGCAAACGAUUAGCCGAGAAUGUACUUUCGGAUCAUUUGAUAUAUUUGCGUUUAUAUCAAGAAUGGCAAAACAAUUUGCGUGAUGAUAAUCCCGAAAUGGUACUAAUAGAUGAGCAAGAUUACGUUUUAAAUGGAAUUUUAGAAAAAGUUUGCGAUAUUCGUACACAUUUAGUAGGUGCUUUGCGAUCGUCACAACUUAUACAUAAUCAAGGGCAAUUAAGCAUGCAUUACAUAAAUUUAAAAUCAAACAGUUGGCCUAUGAUUAAAGCAACACUUGUGGCCGGUCUGUAUCCCCGCCUCUGCAUAGUGGAUACAUAUGAAGGAUGUAUUAAAUGUAAUAGCCCUAAGGAACUUGCUAUUCAUCCAAUUUCAGUACUUGGUGCGCAAGCUAUGGAGCCAUUAAACACUAAAGCACGGUCAUAUCCUUCCAUUUGGAUUGUCUAUGGAAACGAUAUAAAUAGGAUUAACUGUAAUAGCACCAGAUGUUGUUCCCUGGUAUCACCAUUAACGGUGGCCAUGUUCGCAGGUCCACCCAAGAUAGAUUCAUCAAAUAUAUGCAACUUGAAUGUAGCAGGGAACUAUUUUAGAACUGGAAGCAAUAUUCAUAAAAAAGAAACAACAGUGGCAGUAUUUUAUGUAGAUGAUUGGAUUGAAAUCAGAAUGGAGCAUACGACCGCUCAACUUCUACUGAAAACACGACAAUAUUUUUAUUCUGCAUAUAUGAAUUUUUUGCAAAAUUGUGGCAGCAUAGACAAGUGGCGACGAACUAAUUCAUUUCUAGCUGCAGUUUCCCGUUUAUUCGAUACCUUGGAAAGAGUAUUUGCAUUUGAAGAUCAGGCUUGUGGUUUUAUAAAACCACUCAAUAUAGGAUUACGGCCUAAAGCAGUGCCUAACAAAUUUAUAAAUUCGUUUAAUGCUGUUAUAAGCUGGAAUGGAGACACAUCUAUGCAAAGAGAGAGCACUUCAAAGCGCCUUGAUUUAAAGAAAAAAACUCACACAUGUUUGGACGGAAAGAGAGACUUUGUAUGUUUGCAAAAGCAGUUUUUUGCAGUUUAUAUUUCCCAGCCGGACUUGAUAUUUCGUAAAUAUCCACAAGAAUGGUUGCGUGAUGCUGUCGCAAAGGUUGUUGAGCCCUGCUUAAGGAGGGAUAGAUUAACCUUUGUAAUUCUGUACAACAAGAAUCCUGACCAGUUUUGCAUGGUGGCACUUGCUGUAAAAAUAUUUGGCGUAUUCAAAUUACAAGAGUACUUUAAAAACAAAAUAUAUAUUAAUGAAUUACUGAAAAUUUGCUCAAGACAAAACAUUUGCGUGCCUACAUUUAAUGAGAAACGGAACGCUUUUUAUGUGGAUGCAGCAGUGGGCAAGCUUAUUUUGGAUUUAUUUGCCUUUCGUAAUAACUGGCUGGAAUAUAACUAAAAGUUGUAUUUUACUUUAAUUUUAAUACGGCUUUAAUGAUAAAAUAAGUUGAAAAUGCGUCAAUUAGGUAUGUACGAACAUAAAGUACCUAUAUAUUUUUAAAUUAUGUUUGAGUUGCUGCUGUCUUGUUUUUAAACUUUCAACUUGAAAUAAUGAAGUUAAUUUUUUUUUUUACGAAAUACAGUGAGUUCAAUAAAAUGAGCAUGGAAUUGAAGAAAAUGUCCUUUAAUCGCUUACAGAUGUUUAAAAUUAAACUGUGACAAGUCGUAUUUUAUUGAAUAGAAAGCGACAAAAAAGAGAAAAACACCUUGCAAAAAAUAAUGUUUUAAAUCAGUGAGUAUUUUUUAGAGUGUAUUCGUGUGUAGAGUAACUCAACUGUCCCAGUGUCUAGUCCUCUCCGUUUUUCACUUCAUGUGUAAUUAGGACCAAAACUGGUUUCCUUUCAAUCGUUUCUGUACGGAAAUAAUAUGCAAAAUAGAUAUUUUCUAAAGUCUCUGUUCGAACACUUAACUCAAAGCACCGGUGCUAUGUUGCCAUUUUUGUUAAUGUGUUUUGCGGGGUUGUCACUUUUCUCUUCAGGAAUGAUUAUCAACAAAUCAUUCAAUAUAUAAUUUGUAGCUUUCGCCAUCUGGGAGAACAGAAGGCAUGUACAGGUACGGAAAAAUAUUUCUGUGAUUAAACAUUAUAAUAAUUUCAAAUCAAAUGCUGUUAAAACGUGUUGAAACACCAUAAUAAUUUCCUGAAAAAGAACAAUUCGUUUUCUGCAGCCAACUUUACUUCUUAACGCGCAGUCAAAAUCGAUUUUUUUUGAACGCUCAGCGUUGUCGCAGGUCUUAUUUAGCUUUACGCCAUACAAAAUCUGUUGUUGAGGAAUUUUUGACAGUAAUUUCCCGCUGCCAUUUUUAUUUAAUGACGAUAGAAACUUUUCUGCUCGCCUGCAUCUAUAUAAUCUGUUCUCUGAAACUAUAUGGAAUGGAAUUUGAAAAACUGCGAAACAGUGUUACCCUGUGGGAACGGUUGAACAGAAUUGUUAAAUUGUUUAAUUCAUUAUAUUUUAAAUUUUGUGCUAUCGUGUUAAAAUUCAUAUAAAACUUAUUUUCUUAUUUUA